AUGUCUGAAGAAUGUUCAAUAGACUCAAAUGAUUAUGAAGUUAAAGGAGAUUGUACAGAUGUUUCAUUUGAUACUACAUUAACAACUGGUGAAAUUAAAGUUAAUCUUGGAGAAAACAAAGAAAAUAACCAGAUUGAUAGUUUUACUAUUGGCUCAUGUACAAAACUUACAUUAACAGGAACAAGAACAAUUAAAACACUUAAAUUAUCAAAAAGUUGUCCACUGAUUAUUGAAACUGAAAUAAAAGUUGAAAAAGUUGAGUCAACAGAAACAAAUAAUGGAAUUCUUUAUUAUGCUAAACAUGCAAAUAGUAUUCCUUCAGAUCUCUCAAAUCACAAGUGUGAUUAUUACAGAGCGUAUCAAAAGGGACAUUCUGAGACAGAGAAAUGUGAUUGUACAAGAACACAUAACAAAUAUUCAGAAAUUGAUUGUGACUCUAUUACUGUUUAUUCUGAAAUGACUCUUGUUGAUGAUUGUUUUAGUUCUAUGCUUACAAUUAAUCAGAAUUGGAAAACUGUUCAACCCACAAAAAAUUGCACAGUAACUUUACAAAAAAAUAUUAGUUCAAUUAAAUUAAAACAACAAAAAGAUGUUGUUGUAACUGUUAAAGAAGAUACAAAACAAGAAGAUGCUGUUAUUAAGGCUGGUUUACGAAAACAAAAAUCAGAUUCACAAAAAAGUAUGACAGUAGAAAUGGAUAGUUCUGUUACAGUUUCAUUUAUUAAAGUCACUGGAGUUUCUGGUACAUGUGGUUCAAAUUCAGUAUGUGUCUAUACAACACAAUCAAAUGACAAUGUUGAUACUAAAGGAGAAACAGGAGUUUCAUCAAAUAAAUGUGGUACAUACUAUAGAAUUGGAAAGGAUACAACUUGUACUUGCACAUUAAAAGAUAAUGAACAAACAAUAAAAAAGUUAAAUUUUAAGGAGUCUGAUUGUCAAGGUUUUACUGAUCUCACAGACUAUACACUUACUUUAACAAUGGGACAAAAAUAUACACUUGGAGAAUCUUUGUCAUUUAAAUCAUUAACAGAAUCUAGUAGCAAUAUUGCAAUAACAGGUCAAACAGAAGAUGGAAAUGAAUUAAAAGAAGCAAAAGAAAGUCCAGAAUUGAAAUUAAAAACAAUGAAAAUCGGAGAUUUAAAUCCAACUGAUAUGAAACUGACAGUAACGGAGACAGUAACAUAUGAAGUUGAAAAUAAAAAUAAAGUGAAAACAAGUGCGUCUCGUACUAGUAAUAAACUCAAAGCAACUUUGGAUAAUAAAAAGACAUUUACUGCAACUUCUUCAACUAUUUCAUUUCCUAGUGUUUCAGUUUCAUCUUCUCGUUAUAUUAUAUUACAAAAGAAUAGUAAAAUCACCAUUACAGAUAUUACUGGAAGUUGUGAAAAUACAGAACUUAAUUAUUGUGAUUUUAUUGCCAGUGACUCUCUUAAUUCAAUUACAAUUGGUAAUGAACAAAGAACAACAUCACUCACAGAGGCAGUGCUUUCUACAGAGAAAGGACAAGUUGUUAGAGUGAUGAAAACAGGACAAACAGCAAUGAAUAAAACAGUCUUGUGUUCAAUUGAUAAAAAUGAUGAUAAUUCGUUUGAUAAACAAUUCACUGCUGUAGAAUGUCCAUGUUCACUUAAUAAAGAUGAUGUCAAUCCAAUUUCUACUACUGACAAUACUCGUGCAGAAUGUGUUUAUGUUGUAUCAUCAACAAUAAACACAGUCACUUUAAAAGGGAGAAAUGACUUAAAAGAAAAGUUAAUAGUUGAUUCAACUUCAAACACUGUUAGUAUUAAAGAUGUUACUAAAAUAUCAAAUAUUCAAGAUAAUAUUAAAGAUGUUACUAAAAUAUCAAAUAGUCAAGAUAAUUCAAAUACAAUUUCAUUGACAGGUGUAGAUAAAUUAGAGUCAAUUUAUAUUGGAGGAAGUGUAAAUAAACUUACAUCUAAUUUACCAUUAAUAACAACUAGUUCAUUCAAAGCAUAUUCAGUAAACAAUAAUAUUAGUACUUGUUUUGAAUUAACAUUGAAAGAGUUUGAAUAUGGAAAUAAAGAUAGAUUAAUUACUGUUACAAAUGAAAAUACAAAUGAAAAUACAAAUGAAAAACAAGUUGAAAUUACUAUUGAAACUAUGAAAGUAAAAUCAACUUUACUUUCUAUAAUUAAUAAUGGAAAUAAAUACUCUCUUAAACUAACUGUUUCUAAACUCGAAUCAUCUUUAAGUCAAGAUAUUCCAGCAUUAUUACUUGAUGGAUUAAAUAAUCAUAUCACAUUUACUGGUAAUAAUCAACAACAAAUACUUUCAUGUGAUGGAAAAAUGUUAUUUACUUCAAAAUUGAGUGAUGAAGAAAGUAAAAUAACAUGUUUAUUAUAUCAUGACUAUUAUUCUGUAUGUACAGAUAAAGAAGAUGAAUGCAAUUCUAAAAAGUUACCAACAAAGAUUAUUAGUACUAAAUCAAACACAGAAUCAACUAAAUUAACACUUAAAUAUGAACAUGAGUUGAUAGAAUGUAAAACAUCUGAUUGUUAUAUUGAAUUAAAUACGGACUCUAGUGUAACAUCUGAAUCAAUUAAUUAUACUAUUAAAUCAACUUAUAAUGGAGGAUCUACUAUUCAUCUUACUGGACAAACAAAAAAUCUUAUUCUUAAUGUUGAUAAAGUUAAAAUUGUAAAUAAAGCAAAAGACGAUAAUAAUAAAGAUAAAACACUUACAGUAUAUGGUAAUUGUAAUGGAAUUGACACAGAUACACCACUUAUUUUAAAUUCAAUGACUAUUUCAGGAGAUAUUAAAGCAAAAACACUUACUACAAGUGGCAAUCUAACAGUUACUGGAAAUAGUAUCACUAUUACAGAAUCAACAACAUUUGGAACAGGUAAGAUUAAUUGCAAUAAUGUUGAUUUUACAACAAACACACUUUCAUUUGUAAGUGGAAAUGAAUUUAUAUUUAAAUCAUUUAAAGUAACAGCCACUGAUAACAACAAUAGUAAUAAAAACACAAUUCCUGAACAUUUCUUAAAUUAUAAUAAAGAGUGCACAUUUACAGAUAGUAAAGUUAUUCCUGUUAAUUCAUAUCUUACUCAAAGUACUGAUAAUAACAAACAACCAACAUAUAAAUGUUAUACAAUUACUGAUAAAAAUAUUGAAUUAAACAAACAAACAUCAUAUCUUAAUCCAGAGUCUCAUAAAUGUACUGAUGGAAAAACAUUAAUUCAAAUCAAAUCACCAAGUGUUAUUGCAUCUGGAAUGAAGAAAUUUGAUAUUGGAGUAGAUACGUAUAUUUCAGGAUUAAGUGGUGUAAUUUCAAUUGAAUCAACUUCUGAUCAUUCAAUAUCUGUAUUUGGUGAUAGUACAACUGAAAUAACUAUUAAUGGGCAUGGAAAAACAGAGACUGUUACUGUUUAUUCACAAUCUAUAGUAUCAGGAUUUAAUAAUGUUAUAGUUGCAACUAGCUCACAUGUAACAAUCAAAUCAACAACAACAAGUGUCAGUGCAUCAGUUAAUAAUGUUAAUAUAGAUAUUAAAGAAUGCAGUCCAAAAUUAACAACUUCAUUAAACAGUGAAGUUAUAUUUAACCUUGAUAAUUCUAAUACAUUUACUGUUGAUACUACUAAAAACAUUGUUGUUAAAUCACAUUCUAAAAUAACUAAUAUUCCAACAGACUGUAUAAGUAAAUGUAAUGAUACUGUUAUUUUCAGCAAAAAAGAAAAAGGAAAUGAUUAUGUUUGUCAACCAAUCACUUUUGAAACGACAUAUUCAGACAAUAAAUUGGAAUUAAAUCCAUGUACAACUAGUGAUAUUCCAUGUUCUGGAAUAAUUUAUAUUAAUGACAAAACAAAAACAACAUCAAUUGAUCUUACAAAAGUUCAUGCACAAAAAUUAAAAAUAAUAAAUUCGUUAAGUACUUCUGUUUCAAUCACUCUUCCAACUGGAUUGAAUGAUUUAACAUUGAAUGGUCUAUUCACAAUUACUAAAAUUCCACUAGAUUUAACAAUAGAAGAUGGAAAUGUUAUUGGUACAAUUACUCAAUCUAGUGAUGUUUCAACACCAUCAAUUAAUGUUGAAAAAGGUACAUUCACGAUUAACACUAAACAAGACAUAACUCUUACAUCAAUUAAUGCUAAGGAUGGUUUAAUUAUCUUUAAAAAUACAGACACUAAUACAAUAAGAACAAUUACAAUUUAUGGAAGUAUUUCUGUUAAUGAAAUGACUAUUAUGAAAACUAAAUUUGAAUGUACAUCAACUGUUACUUCUAUCUCAAUUAACAAAUUGAAUGUACAAGAUUCUAAAACAUAUCAAAACGUAAAUAACAGUAUAUUCAAUGUUCAUAGUUCAUUUACUGGCAUAACCAUUUCAAAUAUACCAACAGCAUGUGUUUACGUUUGUAAUUUAAGAAAUGUAAUUGGAACAUUGAGUAAUGUUGAAAUUGAAGGAGCAACUCAAGAAACUAAUAUAUUUUAUAAAGGAUGUAGUGGUUUAUUAAUUCCAAAAAUUGAACAAUGUGAAAUUACUAAAUCAACAAGUAUUGAUGUUUCAGAUUCACAAACAUACACACUUCCAUCAUUAUGUCCUAAUAAUAAUCUUCCUCUCGUUUUAACAACUAGUUCUGAUGAUAAAAUUAAUGUUCAAGGAUUUGAUGGAGUAUAUAAAGAAGUUAAAAUGUCAAAUGACUGUUCAAUUAGUUUCACAGGAAGUACACAAUUAAAUAGAAUGGUAAUGAAGAAAAACAUAGAAAUUCAUAGUGAUUUUCAAAUUGAUGAAAUAAUUACAAGUGAGACAUCAAAUAAUAUUAUAAUAGGAUCUAAAGAUGUUUAUGUAGGAACUAUUAAUACUGAUAAAAGUAAAUCAAAUAUUAAGAUUGAAAUUAAAGAAAAUAGUAAGAUUAGCAUAGAGAAUGAUGUUGUUAUUUCAUCUCUUAUUCUUGAUGACAUAAGUUCAAGAAUUAUAACAAAAGAUAAAUUAACAACAAGUUCUAUUCAAUUUAAGUCUAUUAGUCCAUCUACUCUUCCACUUAUUAUUUCUGAUAUACUCACAUUCACAACAAUGGAUAUAACAACUACUAAUAGUAUCACUACAAAUGUUCCAUUAAUCCAAUUAAAUCAUUCAACAAAUGGCAAUACAAAACUACCAAGUAAUGUAUAUUUUGCAUGUCAAGACACAAUGUAUGUAUAUAUUGCAGAAUCAAGUUAUUAUACAUGUCCACUUCCAUACACAUGUACUGAUACUACUAAUUGUCAACAUCAAACAGGUAAAAAAUGGAAACAACAAUACAUAUAUUCAAUAAGUAAAGAUGGUGAAUUAACAUUUGAAGAUAAUAGUGAAGCUACUAAUGGAUAUGAUAUUAUUGAAAUUUCAAAAGGAGAUGCAAAUAUUAAUAUCAAAGGAGGAAGUUAUUACAUUCGUAGUGACUCGAAAAACAAUACUGUCACAUGUUCUAAUGAAUGUACAAUCUAUAUUGAAACAACAUCAAUUGAUAAUGUUGUUAAUUUGGUAAUAACAGAAUCGAACAUCCGUGUUAAAGAUUCACAGAAAGAAACAUACAUUAAUGUACUUGAUAAGAGUAAUGGAAAAAUGGAAGUACAUUUAGAUGGAAUUUAUAACACACAAUUCCAUUUGAAAGGGAAAGCAGGAAAUAUCAAGUUAUUAGGAAUUAAUGUCUUUAAUGAACUUAUUCUAGAAGGGUCAAUAAUCAAAUCAGACAAUUCAUUUGAUAUUGACAAAGUUACAUACAAAUCAGGAACAUUUGAGUUAUCAUCACCAAAUAACAUAGCAAGUAUCUCACAAUUCAAUUAUGAAUCAAAUCAUGAACCAAGUGAAACAUGUACUUCACUUAUUUCACAUCAACAAGAUCAAAUUAACAAUGGAGAAAUAUCAUUUAAGAUUAGAAGUAUCACCAAUUCUAAUGAGAAAGUGAAGUUGAUAGAAUGUGGAGGAAUUGUUCUUCAAGAAUGUAAAACAGAUACCACAACAUAUAAUUGUCCACCUAUUAGAUGCUCAUAUAAACAAGAAAAUAAACUUCCUACUGGAUGUUAUUGCACAUAUUCACUUAUAAGUAAACAAGAAUGUAUAUUUGAUUGUGAGAAUGAGAAUGAAUGUACAUUCAAUGAUCCUGUAAGUAAUUCGUUGAUAGAAAAAAUAACUAACUAUGGAGAACGUAUUGUAAUGCAAUCUGUUUCAAGUGUUUAUAGCAUGAAUAUCAAUGAGACUAUAAUUGAAUCAAAAUUCCCAAUAAACAUUUAUGAAAUAACAGAUGGAGAAGACAAAAGAAUGAGAAUCACAGGAGUGACGUUAAAUGUUGAUUCUAUUACAAUGAGUAAAGGAACAUUAUCAUUAGAAACAGAUAACAGCUUUACAAGAAGAAUUGAAGUUACAGGAGGACAAAUAGAGGUUAAUAACAAGAUUACAUUUAGUGAAAGUAAUAAGCCAUUGGUUGAAGUAGAAGGAAAUGAAGAAGUGAAAGAAAGAGGUAUUUUCAUAACAGGAGGAAUAAUAAAAAUUGGAGAAAAAGGGAAAAUAAUAAUGAAAGGAGGAAUUAAAGAAGAUGGAUAUGUUAAUAACAUUAAUAUCAAAAAUGCAAUAAUAGAAAUAGAAGGAAAUAGGAGUGAUGAAGAUAUUAUUGUUAUAGAAAAUGGAGGAGAUGUGAAUAUUGAAAAUAUUACUGUGAACAUAGUUGGAGAGAAUAAAGGAGAUAAAUGCUUUAAUUUAAUACGAAACAAUGACAUUGAACGAAUCACAUUAAUAGGUUCAAGUGGAGUAGUUCUUGAUUCACAACGAUAUAUCUUAUCUGCAUGUCCAAAAGGAGUUGAAGCAAAUGUUCAAGAACUAGCGUGUUCAAAUAUAGAAAACAAAGAAAAUAUAACUACGGAAGUAGAAUGGGAAAGAAAAACAUGUCCAUGUUCAGGAGAUAAGUGUAUAAUUGAUUUUUCAGCAACAACAAGUGUAAUAUACAAAUUGCCAUCAAAUGAAAAAUAUGAAGGAUUGAAGAUAUCAGAAGAUCAAAUUAGAGGAGAAGAUGUGAAAAUUAGUCGAGUAGAGGUUUCAGGAACAUCAACACUUACUAUGAGCAAUUGUAGUAUAAGUAGAAUGAAUAUUAAAGGAGAUAAAAUGAAAGAAGUUGUAAUGACACUUAAAAGUAAUAAUAACGAGAAAAGUUAUAUAGAAGAGAUAGUAGGUAAUGGAACAUAUUCAAGUGUUGUUAUUGACACUGGAGAAUUGACAAUAGGUAGAAUUGAAGGAGUUAAUGUAGAAGUUACAUCAAAUGGAUAUUUGAAUAUCAAUAAAGAAGCCAAUUUUAAAGAACAAAAGAUUGACAUUGAACAUACAUACAUUGAUAUUCUGACUGAUGAUGUUGAUUUCACUGAUGCAAUAAUUACAAUCAAACCAAUAAACAAUAACAGUGCUAAUUUGAAUAUUGGAGAUGAAAUUGGAGGAAAGACAAUGACAACAAUAAAGAAGAGUGUCAUCAAUGUUUAUUAUGAAGAAACAGGAAGUAAAACAUUGUUAGUAGUCAUGAGAUUACCAAAAGAAAAUGAAAUAAAAGUAGAAGAAUAUCAAAUAAAUAAAAUUUCAAAUAGCAGAAGUAGAAAAGAAGAAGGAGAUUCAUAUCAAUUCAAAGUAGCAUGUCAUGGCAUAGUAUUAACAAAUCUUGAAGAUAAAGACAUUGUAUGUCCAGAAGACAGACUUGCAGGAUAUGUUAAAAAUACAGAAUUUCCUAAAUGGACAAUUGGAGUUAUGGUUAUUUUUGUCAUAGCAUUGAUUGUGAUUGUUGUUGUUAUCAUUGUUUAUGCUGUGUAUGUUUACUUAGAAAGAAGGAGAAAUUUGAAAGUCUUUUCAGAAGGAGAAGAAGUUGAAGAGAGUAAAGAAGAAAGUAAAGAAGAAGAAAAAAUAAAUAAUUGA